AUGGAUAAUGACCUCAAAUGCAAUCGUCUCACUUGUCGAAGGGCGUUGAUCGAUAAAGCCGUGGUUGGGCCUAACUUUGAACAUUGUCCUGUACUAGUUGACUGUGCCAAUGAGCUCUUCAGUGCCGCAAGACUCUGCCCCGGCAAGCACCCGUGCGAGACGUCUUUGACCGAACCUGACGAUGUUGUGGUAUGCUCAUUGCAUCCGUCAAAUGACUACAAAACUUCGGUUCUCUCAGGAUUGAAUCCCGCGACAGUUCUCGAGAUAUGCAGCCGGGCCAUAUCGUUCUGGCAAUACCAGAUAUAUCAAGAGAACUCCUUUCAACAAGCAGUGCUCCGCAACAUCAACGACAAGAAUGCCCAGCUACAAAAGCAGAUCGACAAUGUUGUGAGAGAAGGUGAGUUCAUAUCUCGUCUUCACGGGUUGAUCUGA